UCAGUUCUGAACAUAACUCCUCGAAUAGUCAGAACUCUCAGUGUUGGAAACGUGUCAACCUAACGAUGCUCUCAGAAGAACUCUCUCUGUCCCUCUCUCUGUCUCUCUCUCUCCUAAAAGACCCAACAUUUCAAACUUUCUCUGUCCCUCCUUUUUAACUCUCACACACUCUCUCUAAAUUUCUCUCUCUUAGGGUUUCUGCCAAGGACAAGGUUCAGCUAAGCUUUGAUGGCAUUGUGAUUAGGUAACAUUAAGAACAAGAAAGAUACUUUCCGUAAUUAACCAUGAAUCACUCAGAACAAACACUACAGCAACAGCAACAGGAGCAACACCAUCAGCAGCAGCCUGUGGUGGGUGUUGUGGCAAGUGGAGGCCAAAUGACAUAUGCACCUCCUUCCUAUCAAACUGCUCCUAUGGUAGCUUCUGGAACUCCUGCUGUGGCCGUCCCUUCCCCAACACAGCCCCCUGCCGCUUUCUCUAAUUCCUCGCAUCAGAUUGCCUACCAGCAAGCCCAGCAUUUCCACAACCAACAGCAGCAGCAACAACAGCAGCAGCUUCAAGUGUUCUGGGCCAACCAAAUGCAAGAUAUUGAACAAGCAUCUGACUUCAAGAAUCACAGCCUUCCACUUGCAAGAAUUAAGAAAAUAAUGAAAGCUGAUGAGGAUGUUCGAAUGAUAUCUGCUGAGGCUCCAGUGAUAUUUGCAAAGGCAUGUGAAAUAUUCAUCCUGGAGCUGACUUUGCGCUCAUGGAUUCACACAGAGGAGAACAAAAGGAGGACGUUACAAAAGAAUGAUAUUGCAGCUGCUAUUUCGAGGACUGAUGUCUUUGAUUUUUUGGUUGAUAUUAUCCCAAGAGAUGAGUUGAAAGAAGAGGGACUUGGAGUGACUAAGGCUACAAUCCCGGUGGUGGGCUCCCCAGCAGAUAUUCCAUACUAUUAUGUACCACCACAACAUCCUGUGGGAGCUCCUGGGAUGAUCAUGGGGAAGCCAGUGGAUCAAGCGGCAAUCUAUGCUGCUCAACAGCCUCGACCACCUAUGGCUUUCAUGCCGUGGUCUCAGCCUCAACCUCAGCAGCCGCAGCAACAGCAACAGCAACAAGAAGCCCAACAUCAGCAGACAGAUACUUAAUGUUAAUGAUUCUGGCCAAGCUGUUCUCAAAGCUAUUCCCAGGCAUAGCUUCUUAAUUGUUAGAGAUGAGUUUUAAUACCGUUGGAUUAGUUGGCGAUUGUGAUGCAGUGGAUUGUGCAGUGAGCUAAUGUUAGGUUGUAUUGUGUAUGUGCUUGUAUUGCUUCUGAUUCGAAAAUUGACCUUAAUUGUGUGUUUAUUAUCUCGGCCCUUUCUUAUUUGGCCUAGUUUGUUCUUAAAUUAGUUUGCUUCAGCAGAGGAUCAAGAGAGCUUUAGAAGCUUGAAAAUUGACUGAAAAAUAUUUUUAUAGUGCUUUUGUUUGUUAUGAUGCUACUUUGGCUGCUGUGAAUAUUUUGCCAACAUAUCUGAACUUCA